AUGGCCGUGACCGCCUGCCAGGGCUUGGGGUUCAUAGUUUCACUGAUCGGGAUUGCGGGCAUCAUUGCCGCCACCUGCAUGGACCAGUGGAGCACCCAGGACUUGUACAACAACCCGGUGACGGCUGUAUUCAACUACCAAGGGCUGUGGCGCUCCUGUGUCCGAGAGAGCUCUGGCUUCACCGAGUGCCGGGGCUACUUCACCCUGCUGGGGCUGCCAGCCAUGCUGCAGGCAGUGCGAGCCCUGAUGAUCGUGGGCAUCGUCCUGGGUGCCAUCAGCCUCCUGGUGUCCAUCUUUGCCCUGAAGUGCAUCCGCAUUGGCAGCAUGGAGGACUCCGCCAAAGCCAACAUGACACUGACCUCUGGGAUCAUGUUCAUCAUCUCAGGUCUCUGUGCAAUCGCCGGAGUAUCUGUAUUUGCCAACAUGCUGGUUACUAACUUCUGGAUGUCUACAGCUAACAUGUACACCGGCCUGGGUGGGAUGGUGCAGACCGUUCAGACCAGGUACACCUUUGGUUCGGCUCUGUUCGUGGGCUGGGUCGCCGGGGGCCUCACACUAAUUGGGGGUGUGAUGAUGUGCAUCGCCUGCCGGGGCCUGGCACCUGAGGAAACCAACUACAAAGCCGUGUCCUAUCAUGCCUCCGGCCACAAUGUCGCCUACAAGCCCGGAGGCUUCAAGGCCAGCACUGGCUUUGGGCCCAAGAGCAAAAACAAGAUCUACGAAGGGGGUGUCCACACAGAGGACGAGGUACAAUCUCAUCCUUCCAAGUAUGACUAUGUGUAG